UCGGCAGAGUGUGUAAAGAGAGAGAUACAGACAGACGAGAAAGAGAAAGCUGUCUACUUGUUGGCCAGUUGGUCGACAUAAUACAUGAAGUUACAGGAAGAGAGCAUGGACUGAAGACUGGUGUCACUGAGCAACAGGGAUUUCUUUACAGCUCUACCUUUUCCGUGAAGAAGAGAUACAGCUCUUGGCUAUCUGGAUACUGCUCUCAGUGUUGGACUUGAAAUAUUGAUUUCUUUCUUUUUCCAACAUUAAAUAAUAAUGAAGAUGUCAGCAGCAUUUGUGGACUGAAAUCUGUAAUUGAGGCACACACACUAACAGCUGCAUUCAGCUUAGUUCAGUUUCAGCCUUUAUAUUCACAAUCCAUACAUUUUCUUUAUAUUCCUUUAAAUCUUACCAAAUACACAAAUACAUAUUGUUUUAUAUUUACAUAUAUUAUAUUAUAUUGACACAUACUGCUAGGAUGUGGUCUUGUAUAAAAGACUUCUUGACCUAUGAAACUACCAAGUCCGUGGUAGUGAAGAGCUGGACCAUCGGCAUCAUCAACCGUGUCGUCCAACUCCUCAUCAUUACUUACUUCAUUGGGUGGGUGUUUGUCAAUGAGAAGGCCUACCAGGUGAGAGACACGGCUAUUGAAUCCUCAGUGAUGACCAAGGUCAAAGGUUUUGGAAUCUACAAUAACAAGGUGAUGGAUGUUGCAGACUACGUCACUCCUACACAGGGAGCUUCAGUCUUCUGCAUCAUCACCAAAAUGAUCACUACAGAGAACCAAGUCCAAGGAUACUGUCCUGAGAGUGAGAAUAAGUUUAUUUGUACCCACGACAGUAACUGCACAAGGCACCUUAACAAGCCAGGAGGUUAUGGAAUUCUGACAGGGAAAUGUGUUCCUUUUAAGACCAUUGACAAGCGGUGUGAGAUAAGAGGAUGGUGUCCUGCCGAGAUCGACACCAUCAAAACUACACCAAUGAUGGAAGUGGAGAAUUUCACCAUUUUCAUUAAGAAUAGUAUCCGCUUUCCAACCUUCAACUACACCAAAGGGAACUUCCCUACUACCAUCUCUGAAGAGUACAUAAAAAAAUGUAAAUUUGACAUGGUCAACAACACCUACUGCCCUAUCUUCAGAGUGGGAGACGUGGUCCGCUACGCACAGCAGAACUUCACUAAACUGGCAGACAAGGGAGGAGUAAUUGGAAUAAAGAUCGGCUGGAUAUGUGAUCUGGACAAGUCAGAUGACCAGUGUAACCCCUCGUACUCAUUCACCCGACUCGAUGCCAUGUCACAGAAGAGCGAUGUCUCACCGGGCUACAAUUUCAGGUUUGCCAAAUACUAUAAGAUGGAGAAUGGGACGGACUACCGCACUCUGGUCAAAGCCUAUGCUAUUAGGUUUGAUGUUCUGGUCAAUGGAAAUGCAGGGAAGUUCAACAUGAUCCCUACACUCAUCAACAUGGUGGCAGCCUUCACGUCAGUGGGAGUGGGCACAGUGUUGUGUGACAUCAUACUGCUGAACUUCCUGAAAGGAGCGGAACAGUACAAGGCCAAGAAAUUUGAAGAGGUGUCGGACAGCCCGCUGGAUUCCCAUAACAAUGGGUUGUACCGCUCCCAGCUGUCACUCAGACAUAGCGAGGCCAUCAUGAGGUCCAGUGACUCAGGGGCAUUUUCUAUUGAACAUUACAGCUAAAUGGACAGAAGCAACAGCCAAUGAUCAGGGAGCAGUGGAUUGAGAAAGACAAAUGUGGGUUGGGUUUCUCUAAAAAUGUUUUAUCAAUUAUAGGCAUUCAGGGCAUUCAAGGUAUUCAGAACCCUCUUUAUAUAAUACAGUACUCAACGUUACCAAUAUGUCUAAAGAACCUUGAAUUGUUGCCAUAUUCUUAAGUGUUUCAAAACCACUACAUACAGUAUGUCAAACAAUAUAUUCUUAAGUCUUUGCAUGGUAACCCUAACCCUAACCCUAACCACUUCUGGCAUGUGACAUUGGCUCAGGAUUUUUUGAGUAAAAAGGAAACCUUUGUGUUUAAAAAAGGAAUACAGCCUGAAAAUGAUUUCAUAUUUGAGCUCUAUUUGCUUGUUUUGCUGUAAUGCACCACAACUACAUUAUUAAGGCUUUGUGACAUAAAACAGGAAUAAAAGGCAGCUGACAUGAAUUGGUUCACUAGCUUGGCCUUCUUUAAAUGCUCUAUUGUGCUUUAUAUUCUGAAAGAUUUUCUCUGGGUAAUGGAGC